UUGGUUUGCUAACCUCUGUUAAGAAAAUAAACCUUUUUUCAAAAGACUGGGUAUGGCAGUGCAUUCCUUGGAGCUGGGGGAGACGCAUGACUGGGUGAAAAGGGUGUAAAGGUCGCAUUGAGGUCCGGCUGGUUGAAGGGGACACUGCCUGCUCAGGACGUGUUGAAGUUAAACAUGGAAAAGCGUGGGAGACAGUCUGUGAGUCACACUUGGAUUUCAACACUGCUUCUGUUAUCUGCAAUGAAUUAGGGUGUGAACAGGCUGUAGCCACCUUGGGAGCAGCUCACUUUGGAGAAGGACAUGAUCUGAUCUGGAAGGAAGAGUUCCAGUGUGUGGGGAAUGAGUCUCUCCUUCAGAAAUGUCCCAGGAUGUCCCGUCCUAACGACACAUGCUCCCACGCUAAUGAUGUUGGCGUAUUGUGCUCAGGUCGCAUUGAGGUCCGUCUGGUUGGAGGGGACACUGCCUGCUCAGGACGUGUUGAAGUCAAACAUGGAAAAGUGUGGGAGACAGUCUGUGAGUCACACUUGGAUUUCAACGCCGCUUCUGUUAUCUGCAAUGAAUUAGGGUGUGGACAGGCUGUAGCCACCUUGGGAGCAGCUCACUUUGGAGAAGGACAUGAUCUGAUCUGGAAGGAAGAGUUCCAGUGUGUGGGGAAGGAGUCUCUCCUUCAGAAAUGUCCCAGGAUGUCCCGUCCUAACGACACAUGCUCCCACGCUAAUGAUGUUGGCGUAUUGUGCUCAGGGUACGCCGGGUACAGGCUGGCAAAUGGCAGCACAGGGUGUUCGGGGAGAGUGGAGCUUCGCCACGGAGGCACCUGGGGAACCCUCUGUGAUUCCCAGUGGGAUUUACAGGCUGCCCACACCCUCUGCCAGCAAUUUGACUGUGGAUUCGCCAUAUCGAUGCCAGCAGGGCAGCUCUUUGGCACAGGAGAUGGGCCUGUCUGGAACGGCACAUUUGGCUGUGAGAGGAACGAAUCCCGCCUGAGGGACUGUCCUGUUACUGCGCUGGGCACAACUGAGUGUCCCCCUGGGAGCGAAGCCAGCGUGGUGUGUUCAGGGUGCCUUGGCGGCAGGUUAGUGAAUGGCACCGAGUGCUCCGGGAGAGUGGAGAUCCGACAUGGAGUCACAUGGGGAAGCCUCUGUGCCUCCCACUGGGAUUUGCAAGAUGCCAAUGUCCUCUGCCAUCAGCUGAACUGUGGCUACGCUGAGUCGAUCUGGGGAGGAGCCCAUUUCGGGGAAGGGAACGGAACCGUAUGGCGCGACACUUUUCAUUGUGAAGGGACUGAAUCUUGUUUGUGGGAUUGUUCUCGCAUGGCCCUGGGCAACCCAGCCUGCUCCCCACGAGACACGGCCGGGGUUAUUUGCUCAGGUAAGUUAAAUACAGAUGUGUAUAUGUUAGUUACAGAGCAGUGUACUGCCCAGAUUAGGAUAAUCACAAGCAGUCCCAUUGACUACAGUACUCAAGGUAAGUAGGGGUAUUGGAAUGUUGCUCUCUAUGUUUAAGUUCCACAGAUCAGAGACACCUCUGGGUGCACUGAGGGAUGGUGAGGUGGAUCCUAGCAUUACAUUAGAGUGAACCAAAGAAAACGACUUUGUGCUAUAAGCCUGAGUUUGUGAUUCACAAAUUCCCUCAGUCCCAGCAGGGCUGACUCAGCCCUUCAUCAAGUUGAGGUUGGUGUAGCAGAAGCAUCCUAUAUGCAGCUAUCUCAUCCAAGCUGUGGGACCAUUACAAUCCCAUUUCGCUCUGGAAAAGUAGGUGUUUGCCCUGGUGUUCCUGGUCAAAGUGCCCCCCACCCUGUCUAUCCUGGAUUCUGUGCUGGUGGGCUGCAGCCCUCACCUGCAGAGCUUGCUCUUUGUGUGUAUGUUUAUAGAUCAUUAAUUCUCCACAACACUUCAUAGAAAUAGUCACUUCCUUGCCAAAGAUCCCAGUAUUCAGAAAAGUGUUCAGAUGGCUCCAGAGCUUGGCUCCUGAACCAGCUGGGAAAUUUCACAAAGAUCCUGCUCUUAGUGAGAGCACUUGGUGCUUUGGUGAAGAUCCUCCUCUACAAUGCAACACAAAUACUGCAGGGGUCCUUUUUCCUCCAGGCUUCUCCAAAAAUCUUCAAAGGCUUCCCCAUGCCCCACCAGAGAACUGCAGUAGCUGAUAGAUAGGAAGCUAUCUGAUGGCUAUCCAUAGUGGCUUAGGCCCAGGUUUUUACAGCUAUUUUGCUGUUGCUCCAUUCAGCAUGGCAAUGCUUACCUGGUUUAAAAGCCUAACUAGUUUAAGAGCCUACGUUUCAUUUUCAGUCAGGAUUUAGGCAUUUAGCAGUCCCUGAGUGACAUAAUUAUGCCAACCUAACCGCCAGUGUAGACAACAAUAGAAGAAUUAUUCCGUUGAUCUGGCUACCACCACAUGGAAAGGUGGAUUAAACCCCUUCUAUCACUGAAGAAAGCAUCUACACUACAGCGGCAUAGCUGCAGUGCUGUUCUGUGUCACGGUAGCACCCACAGUGUAGAUUUGACCUUAAUAAAACAAACAUUUAAUGCACACA